UAGAUCAGCUGAUAGCAGCCCGGCACGGAGAGGUGCGUUACCGCGGCCGAUAACCGCCUCACAGCCCCCUCCGGUCUCCUGUGCGGCAGCAGCAGACACGCCCCGUGUGUGAACACGUCUCUCCUCGCCGCAGGAGCUGCCUGGUGACCGGUGAACUCCAUUUCCCGGCAUGCCCCGCGCGUCUCCGCCUUAGUCAGCUGACUGCACAGAGAAGUGUGGACACAGAUGCAGCCUGCCCGGGUCCGGUGACCGGCUCCAGUUCCUCGUCCGCUGCCCGGGUCCGGUGACCGGCUCCAGUCCCUCGUCCGCUACCCGGCCCGACGGGAAACUACAAGUCCCAGCAUACCCUGCCAGCUGCAGGACAAACAGCUGCUGCUACUACGAGAUUUCAUCUUUUUUUAUUAUUCACUUCCUCAAUCUGAUAAAUCUUGGAAAAAAUGACUCCGGAGCAGAAGAAACUGUUAAACAUCUUCAUCCUGGGCUUUGCCUUUAUGUUUAUGUUCACCGCCUUCCAGACAUGCGGCAACGUAGCGCAAACUGUGAUCUCCAGCCUAAAUACUACCGACUUCCACGGCAGCGGUUAUACCAGCAUGGCCAUUAUCUAUGGCGUGUUCUCGGCCUCCAAUCUGAUAGCUCCGUCCGUGGUGGCAUUGAUCGGUACUCAGUUGUCCAUGUUCCUGGGCGGGAUAUUUUACAGUGCUUAUAUCGCCAUGUUCAUCCAGCCGUACACUUGGUCGUUUUACACGUUGUCUGUUUUAAUUGGGAUUGCCGCUGCCGUUCUUUGGACUGCGCAGGGGACGUGUUUGACUGUGAAUUCUGAUGACAAGUCCAUUGGCAGGAACAGUGGCAUUUUCUGGGCACUGCUGCAGUUCAGUAUGCUUUUUGGAAACCUCUAUAUCUACGUUGCUUGGAAAGGAGAGAUCAUUAUAUCAGAAAGAGACCGCCGGACGGUAUUCAUCGCUCUGACUGUGAUCAGCCUAGUCGGGACAGUCCUGUUUUUUCUAAUCAGAACGCCAAAGCCGAAUGUAUCGCAUCUGAACGAAGAGGAUGAUGGAGGCUCCGAUGUCCUGGAAGGAAGCUCGUUUUCACAAAGCUAUAUGAAUAAAGCCCUGGAUGCCUUCACAAAGUCCAUGAGGCUGUCUAUAAGCAAAGAAAUGUUGCUGCUGAGCGUAUCAAUGGCAUAUACAGGUUUUGAGCUCACCUUUUAUUCAGGUGUCUUUGGCACAUGCAUAGGAUCCAUCAACUCGUUUGGAGCCGAUGCCAAGAGCCUCAUUGGACUAUCGGGAAUAUUUGUUGGACUCGGAGAGGUUUUAGGUGGAGCAGUCUUCGGAUUGCUCAGUAAGAACAGUCGUUUUGGAAGAAAUCCAGUGUUUCUCCUGGGCCUUGUGGUCCAUUUUUUGGCCUUUUACCUGAUAUUCCUCAGCGUUCCAAAUGAUGCCCCUGUUGCCUCCCGUGAUGGAACAUACAGUCGUGCUUUUGUAGACCCAAGCAAAGCCCUGGCCAUGUUCUGCAGCUUUCUGCUGGGCUUAGGAGAUAGCUGUUUCAACACCCAGCUCCUCAGCAUCUUGGGGACCUUGUAUGCAGACGACAGUGCACCUGCUUUUGCAAUCUUCAAAUUUGUACAGUCCAUCAGCGCAGCUGUCGCCUUCUUCUACAGCAACUACCUCCUCCUGCAGUGGCAGCUGUUAGUCAUGGUGAUCUUUGGAUUCUUUGGCACCAUCUCCUUUUUCUUCGUGGAAUGGGCAGUGGUCAGUUUGGACCCUCAGGAGACUCGCUAUGGCAGCAUUUGAUGAUGAGAUUCCGGUUCCACAGCCGCUGUUUCAGAAGGUGCCAGAGGUUAUGAUUCGAAACACUGAGAUCUGCGCUGGCCGCAGGGCAUUCCCUGGAGCCGGUGUGAAAUUUGGGACAACUUGACCACAAUGCACUUUCUCCCAAGUGACAUUUGGGGCAAAUAAAAGGCGGUGCUUGUUAGACACUGCCAGGACAAUAGCUGCUAAAUUCCUUGGCUCGCUGUCUUCUGCACUAAUUACAGUUGCAUGACAAUUACAGGAUCUGGACGGUUCACUAGACAUGCUGAUUACAAUUCUCUAGCCGCUGAAUGCGAUUCACUUCUUCACACUCCUAGCGCUUUUAUGUUGUGCCGUUUUAGGUUUUUUUUUUUUUAGGUUUUUUUUUUUUUAGGUUUUUUUUCUGGUUGCGGUUUUUAAGAAUUACACCUAAAGUUUCUACUGUGGGGAUCAUAAUGGGUCUACAAGUCACUAGUGACAAAUGUCAACUAUUGUGCACAGAAAUCAUUGCUGGUUUUACAUUUUUCAUGGUGCCCUAUGAGCAUUGCUACAUAAACGCUCAUCACCUUUUAAAGAGCAUUUUACUCCUUCACUUGUCCUCUGACCCCUGAAAAAUGCUAUGGCAUAUAAAUAUAGGGGGCUGAAAGGUUGCCUUCUGCAGCCUGAGGGGGGCCCUACUGCCACAUGGUAUCAAAAAGUGCUCAAGGUACAUUCUGGACUUGCCACACUUUUGCAGCAUAUGGCAUUUUGACCCAUCCACAUUUUACUAUGGAAAAUCAAGCAUGUCACUUGUGUCUGAUUUUUUAUUUUUUUUCUUUAUUUUUCUUUUUUAUAUUUUUUGCUAAUUUUUCACGGCUUAUUUCACCCCCAUCUCUGCGAGAUCCACAGAGGAAAAAUCCUGACACGUGUGUGUGCACCUGACAGAUUGCAUUUUGUUGAGGAGCUUCAGUUUACACCUCUGCAUUUUUAAAGGGUCCCUGAGCUUUCUAAAACUUUUGAUAUGUCAUAUCAAAGGUUUUGAUCGGUGGGGGGUUUGAUUCUGAGACCCCCACCGAUCGCUAGAAAGAGGAGAGCGAAGCGCUCGCAUAGCUCUCUGUUGCUGCAAGAAAUGGGCUAAAAUUCUUGUAUGCUUUGUGAGGACUUCUCUCUCUCUCUCCUCGUUCUAGCGAUCGGUGGGCGUCUCGUCACUCGGACCCCCACCGAUCAAAACCUUUUGACAUAUUUAUUAUGACAUAUCAAAAGUUUUUGAAGGCUCAGUGAACCUUUAAAAAUGCAGAGGUGUAAACUGAAGCUCCUCGGCCCAAUGCAAAAUAGGUUAGGUCCACACACAGGCCAGAAUUGUCUUUUGUGGAUCUCGCAACAGAUCUGUAUAAAUUGAAGGGGUGAACCUGGGAAAUCUGAGUGACGACUCAUGUCGGAGCUGUAAUACAUUGGUUAUCACUUGUGUUUCCCAGAAUCGUCGAUGACUGAAGUGAAUGAUUAUCAACUUGAUGGACGAGGACAUAUAAGAUCCAUAUUUACUGGUGUUAUUUUAUAUGUAAAUGUUCUUUAAAGGAGCACUCCAAGCAAAGCAGUGUGUAAUGCCUAAUACAGUGCCUAGGGGGAAGAGUGCAUUCUUAGGACACCACAGGAAGUCAUGCCCUGCCCCUCGCUCAGGCCGGCACUAGGCAUUACCCUUUGGGGCAGACACUAAUCCUGUCCAAAAGGUAGAUGCCAUAAACAUAGACAGACUGUCUAGAGCCGUGCCAGAUUUAUAGCGGUGACUCAGGCCAGAUGAUAAAUUUGCUGUGUGACAAGACACUGUUGUAUGACUUUGCGUUACCUGUUGGCUUACUUUGUGCCAAUAUUUUGCCAAAUGUAGUUGCAUCUUAAGCCACAACCCAUUUGUCAAGCUGGACACCUGAAAAUGGUGCGGUGGUUUAUUCUUUUAGGUGCAUUUGCUUCAUAACUAGGUCUUGAACUUUACAUUAUUUUGCAAAUUUUAGGGCAUUUUACAACAAGAUCUUGGCUUAGUCACAUUCUUAAAUUUUCCCCGCUUUGCCUCGAGCGUUCCUUAAAAAUUUUCAUUUUUAGACAUAGUACAUUAUUAGUGAUGGUAGCCCACAGGUUCAGUCUUAUGUAUGCACUCAGGUCUUUUUAAACUGAAGAGGUUUUCACAUUGUUUCCAUAGUUGAGCUGUGGGUGACUCCAGGCUCCGGUGGUCGGUGGCAUGGUGACAACAGUAGGCACAGCAGAAAAAGUAGAAUUUUUUUUUCUGUUCCUUCUCCAGCCAUGUUACAAUUGUUUUGCUCUCGCCUAUAUUCCUUGCUGGAGGCGGUUCUUUUGAAAGCCACGUCAGAUCCAUGACAUUGCUUAUCUCCCAUCCGUGCCAUGGGCAAAAUAUAGAAAACCGCUCAACACCUGAGGAGAUAAAUCGUGAUGCUCUUGAAGCUAAAGCCAUCAUCUCCGGGACGUGACAGGGAAGAGAUACUGGUAAUAGCUAUUGAUACCAUCUACAGAUGAAUUAUGUAUGAAUCUGGAUUCAAUCAGAUUCUCCUCUGACAUCUUGAUCACAAUUGGAAAAAAAAUUAAAAGAUAUUUUUAUUUACUGGGAAGAAA